AUGGCCUUCACUCAGGCCUUCGUCACCAUGCUGGCAUUGUUUGCCUGGACCCUGCCACCGAGCCUCAACGAAAGCUCAAACCAUAAAAAGGCGAACGGAGACAAAUGUGUCCAUUAUACCCAGUGCACAAGUGACUGUUGUCUCAUCGACCUGGAGAGAAACGGGGCCUUCUGCUCCUCCAAGUCCCGCGUGGGCACCCCGUGCCUGCCCCAGACCAAGAGGAGCCUGAACAUCGUAUGUCCCUGCCGCAUGGGCUUGAGCUGCCAUUCCAAGGACUCCAUGUGCCCCCGCCGGUGCCAAAUGAUCUAG